AUGGCUGACAUCGUUUGGAUAGUUCAGCGCUUUGUCUACCUCUAUGGUCGAAUCGUGGGAGUGUUCAACUUUGAAGUGGACUCUCGAACAGGCCGAGCGAUGAUUACCCGCAGGGCCACGAUCCAGGCGCUGGUGCACAAUAUCUGUCUGAUUGGUCUGCUGUUGUUCCAGCUCCUUCACGACGGUACAUUAUUGGCCCUGAACAGGGCCAAACACCUGGAGGAGUACGUGUUCCUGCUGGUGACUGCGGUGCGCCAAUGGGCAGUUCUGUUCACGUUGGUCAGUCGAUGGCGAUACCGAAGCGAAAUUCUGCGCAUUUGGAAUCGAUUAGCCCGUACGAUUCAAGAGAGGCCUGAAAUGAUACCGCUAUAUCGUCGUGAGAUAUUGCUUAAGUUUAUAUUCACCUUCAUGUCGGACUCUAUGCACAUGAUAUUGGACCUGGGCGCGCUUCGCCAGAAGCUCAGUCCGGCUCUGGCCUUCAAGUUGAUGGUCUGGUGCAUGUACACAUCCAUAUUCAAUAUGAUCGUGGCCCAGUAUUUCAUAGCCAUGCUGCAAGUCAAGGCUCACUAUACAAUGAUUAAGCGGGAACUCCGUGAGCUGAUGAGGGAGACCCAGACCCUCUGUGGCAGCACCAAACGUCGGGGCGGAGUGUUUAUGACCAGAUGCUGCGACUUGUCCGAUCGGCUGGACAGGAUAGCAGAGACACAGUCCGAGCUGAAGGCCCUGGUCGAAAGCAUGUCGCAGAUAUUCCAGAUACAGAGCUUCAGCAUGACCAUCGUCUACUAUCUCUCCACCAUGGGCACCAUUUACUUCGCCUUCUGCACGCUUAGGUACAACACCUCCGGACUGGGCGCCACAAACUGGGGACUGCUGCUGAUCGUCGUCUCCACCGUCUUCUUCUAUGCGGACAACUUCAUGACUAUCUUUAUUGGAUUCACUGUACAGGAUUCCAAUGCAGAGAUAAUGAAAAUACUGGAGGAGCGGACACUGUUUGGCGAGGAAUUGGAUGAACGCCUGGAGGCCUCGUUUGAGAGCUUCCAACUGCAGCUGGCACAAGAUCCUCUAGAAUUCUCUGUUAUGGGUCUCUUUAAGAUGGAACGAGGCCGCGUUAUGGCCAUUUCAAACUCUCUUAUAACCCAUUCCAUUCUACUGAUUCAAUGGGAACUGCAGAACAAUUAA